AUGUCGUUCUGGCCAUUCAACAAUUCUUUCAACAACAACAAUGCAUUACUGAAGUUCUUGGACUCAGUACAUGAUCUCUCUUUGGUCACUAUUGAGGAUAUGACCAAGGAUCCGACAUUGAUGCAAGAGAUUAUUAACGAACUACACAAUAUCAAAGGUCAUUACAAUAAUGCAAAGAAUGGCAGUUUCCAAUUUCUGCCGACAGGUGCAGAAAAUGGCUCAGAUUCUGCCUCGUUCACGUCUUCAACUGAUAAUAGCAAUUCCAACUCAACAAAGGAGAUCAAGGAUGGGAAAUUGAUUGAGUUGCUUAUACAGCCCCACAUUUUACGAGGCUUUAUUGUUAUUCUCGAAGAAAGUGUUGAAUUUUUUCAUCAAUUGCGUAUUAAAGAAGAAGAAAAGAUUGUAAAUUCAAUUGAAGAGAAUAAUCCAACUACAGACAUUGAGGAGAAUGACGAAAUGGAGGAGGCAAAAACUGAGGUGGAAACACCGGAUGAAAAGUUUAGAAAGUGCGUGCAAAGCGCGGCUGAUAUUUUGGCCAUUGACAUGUGGAUCAUUUCAAACAGAAUAAUUGAAACACCAGGAAUCAUGGAUGAAUUGUGGCUGCUUUUGAAAUUACCCAACCUCCAUGAAAACUCACCAACUGUUCCGUACUUGGUGCGCAUUUUGGACCAAUUGCUUGAUUUAAACAGCAUCGAGUUGUUAAACUAUGUAAGGCGACAAGAGAACUUGGUCGACACAUUCUUGGACAAGAUUGAAGUACCAGCCAUAAUGGAUUUUUUCUUUCGGAUCAUACAAACUGACAAGCCAGAUUCACCAACAGGGAUUUUGGAGACGAUUGCCCUGCAGGGCGUAAUCAAAAAAUUAAUAGAAAUAUUGAAGCCACAAUCAGAAACACAAUUUGAAAAUACACCAUAUAUUCCAGACCAUCAGCAAUAUUUUAGACAAAGCUCGGCCACAGAUUUCUUGAAAGCGUUGGUGACGAUAUCGUCAAAUGCCGCGUUAGCUGUCGUGAUGGAAACCAAUAUAGGACCAAAUCAACUCACUCGCGAAUUGGUCACACCUGAAAUUGUUAAUACAAUAAUCCACGAUAUUAUGCUCAAAAAAGUUAAAGAUAAAGAUGGUAAAAUUCAAACAAAUAAGCAUGGGAUCAAUAAUUGCGUUAGCAUUAUUAUUGAGUUAAUUAGAAAGAACAAUUCAGACUAUGAUCUCAAUUGCGGAUCAUAUAGCUCAAUGCUUCAAACUGGAGAUGGCACGCCUGGAGAAGUAAACUCUUUUGUAAUGUUUCAGUGGCUAAAAGACUUUGAGCAAAAUCCGCCAAGCCAAAGAGAUCCGAUAUAUUUGGGGGAUAUGUUGCAAUUGUUUUCUGAAAACUUGUCAAAUUUCCAAGAAUUGCUCGAGAUUGAGCCUAUACCACCAUCAAAAGUACAGACUGAUAUACUCGGAUUUACAAGGUUCAAAAUCUCGGAGCUAAUAGCUGAGCUCCUUCACUGUUCUAAUAUGAUCUUGUUGAAUUCUAAAAAGAUUCGCCGAAUCAUUCGCAUUCGAGAUCAAAUACGAUCUCAGCAAAGCAAGCGGUUGCGCAAGGCUUUGGAAGACAAAAUUGCAUUUAAAGAAACAAAUGCAGCAGAUAUCCAUGAUGUAACUUUAGGGUUGGAUGAUGUUUCAUUAGAUGAUGUCCACUUUGACACACAUUUGCAUAAUAAUAACGUUCACGACGAUGAGAGACACGGCAAUGAUGAUGAUGAUGAUGAUGAUGAUGAUGAUGAUGAGGAGGGAGAAAAAGAAAAAGAAGAAAAAGAAGAAGAAGAAAAAGAAGGAGAGGAAGAAAAUCAUAGCAAUAUAAACAAUCAUGAUGAUGUCGAUAAAGCUGGUGAUGAACGAAGAGGAGAUGAGAAUAGUUUGCUGCACGAUGUCCCCACCCCAAACUCCGUGUCCAAUUCAACUUCGGCUCUUCUUAAAGAUUUAGAAUUGACAGAGGACUCUGAAGAUGAAGAACCUUCUAUUUCUCCAGAAAAUCCGUUUGUGUGCACUGACAGAGAUGCCGCAAUAAGGCUGGAUCCUUGUGUUGGCGAUUACUUCAAAAUCAAAUUAAUUGAUCUGAACAUCUUGGCUAAUAUUGUCAGCAAAUUCACCAAAUACGAGUGGAACAAUUUUUUCCACAAUGUUGUGUUUGAUUUGAUUCAACAGAUUUUCAACGGAAAGUUAAAUUCAUACAACUCUUAUUUGAUUGUUGAGUUGUUCAAGACAGAUAAAUGCGACUUGACAGGAGUAAUUGCUCGCUCAUUUGAAAUAGAAAUUGAGCCACGACCAGGCUACAUGGGUCAUUUAAUUUUGAUUGGAGAAGAAAUUGUCAAGUUUACCUCAUUGUAUAAACCUGACCUCAUUUCACCCGUUAUAGUUGAAGCUGUAUCGAACCAACGAUGGAUUUGGUUUAUUAAUGAAGUCUUGUCAAAGACCAGAGAGAUCUACAAUGUAGUCUUGGGAGCUGAUAAUGGUGACGAAGAUACUGAUUAUGGGUUUGAUACUUCUACCGUGGGAUAUCUUGACGCAGAUGAGCCAAAGAAGAUUAUUCUUGGCGAUUCGUCAAAUCAUGACGAAUUUGUUAGAGAUAACACCGACUCAAGUCUAAACGGAGGUUUUAAUACAGACAAAAAUGCAAAUGGAAACGCAAUUUCAGAUGAAAAUGCAAAUGCAAACACUAAGACAAAUAAAGACAAGGACGAAGAUGAAGAUAUGUAUAUGGAUGUCGGGCCAAGAGUUGCCGAUGUUGAAGUGGGCAGGAUGACGCCGGAUGGAAAUUUGAGCAAACACAAGAUGCUUGAAGAUGACGACGAGGAUGACAUGCUCCAUAGUGAACAUGCAAAGUAUGAUGAGGAUUUAUCGGGAAGUUCUUCUGAAGAAGAUGAUGAAGAUGAGGAAGAUGAUGACGCAAGUAAUGAGUUACGUAGAGUUUCUAAACACACUGAAUAG